AUGGCGGAUCUGCCUCUGCACCCGUUCUCCCCUUUUAUCACGGAGCUGCCAACCUUCGUGCCCAACACUCUUUCGGCGCUGCCGCUCGUGUCCAUCUUUGGAGCAGGAUGCGUCGUCAUCUUUGGAGUCACAUAUGGCAUCAUUCAGCGGAUGAGGCCCUCGAUGGGCGCCGGCGAGGUUUCAAUAGCGCUUUGGUUUGCGCUCUGUGGCUGCAUCCAUCUCUUUUUUGAAGGUUACUUUUCUUAUAAUGCAUUCGACAUGGCCAGCAAGACCGACAUCUUCGGCCAGCUGUGGAAGGAAUACGCCCUCUCUGACUCUCGCUACAUGACCCAGGACGCCUUCACCGUCUGCAUGGAGACCGUCACUGCUGUUUUUUGGGGCCCAAUGUCCUUCUUCUGCGUCUACUUCAUCAUUGCCGAGCACCCGCUGCGCCACCCGUUCCAGCUCAUCAUCAGCCUGGGCCAGCUGUACGGCGACGUCUUGUACUACGCCAUCUGCACGUUCCAGGAGGUCGUCAACGACAUUGUCUACUGCCGGCCGGAGCGAUUCUACUUCUGGGCUUACUACUUCCUCUGCAACUUCUUCUGGAUUGUUAUUCCUCUGCUGCUCAUCAAGCAGAGCGUCAGCGAGACCGCAAAGGUGUUCGCCAAGGUAAAGGCGGCAUCUACUGUUAAGAAGGCGCAGUAAAAAGGGACAAGGAGACACAGGAUGGAAAUUCUUUGGUAGAGGAAAGAAUUCUGCGAAUUUUGCCUGCAACCAAUAGAUUGAAAGAUUUAGAAGAGAUUACUAUUAUGGUGUGG